CUUCUUCCAGAUCCGAUCUCGCUCUUCCUUUCUCUCUCUAAAAACCUGCAACUCUCUGGAGAGAGAAAUUUGUAGCUCCUUCUCUCUUUCUUUCUCUCUUCCUCUUUGGCCAUGGUGGAGGCUCAGACAUGGACCACUCGCCGAAUGAGCAACCCUCGCCUCGAUGCCUCCGCCGCCGCGGACCAGGCUAUCGAUAUUCCAAUGACGCCGCCCAGUGACGUCCGCAACAGUGCGGCUGGUUUUCCGAUCGGAUCCUACCUCUCGCCGAACGUCUUGACGGUGGUAACUAUACUCUCAUGGUACUUCUCCAACAUUGGCGUUCUUCUUCUCAACAAAUAUCUUCUGAGCUUCUAUGGUUACCGGUACCCUAUCUUCCUCACGAUGCUUCAUAUGCUUGCCUGUGCGGCUUAUAGCUAUAUAUCGAUUAAUUUUCUUGAGAUUGUUCCGUUGCAGCACAUUCUUUCUCGUAAACAGUUUUUUAAAAUCUUUGCUCUCAGCGCCAUUUUCUCCUUCUCUGUUGUUUGUGGGAAUACGUCUCUUCGUUACCUUCCGGUUUCGUUUAACCAAGCCAUUGGUGCUACGACACCGUUUUUCACUGCCAUUUUUGCCUUUUUGAUUACUUGUAAGAAGGAGUCUGCUGAGGUUUAUCUUGCGCUCUUGCCUGUGGUGUUUGGGAUUGUUUUGGCCAGUAAUAGUGAGCCCUUGUUUCAUUUCUUUGGGUUUUUGGUGUGUGUUGGCUCUACGGCUGGACGGGCGUUGAAAUCUGUGGUUCAGGGGAUUUUGUUGACCUCAGAGGCGGAGAAACUUCACUCUAUGAAUUUGUUGUUGUACAUGGCUCCGAUGGCUGCUAUGAUUUUGCUACCUUUUAGCCUUUAUAUUGAAGGGAAUGUAGCUGCCAUUACUGUCGAGAAAGCUCGAGGGAAUUCGUAUAUUGUAUUCUUGUUGCUUGGCAAUGCUACGGUGGCUUAUUUAGUGAAUUUGACCAAUUUCUUGGUGACCAAGCACACCAGUGCACUCACAUUGCAGGUGCUUGGGAAUGCAAAGGCUGCAGUGGCGGCUGUUGUCUCUGUUUUGAUCUUCAGAAACCCAGUUACGGUGAUGGGCAUGGCAGGAUUUGCUGUGACUAUCAUGGGUGUGGUGCUUUACAGUGAGGCGAAGAAGAGGUCCAAAGUGACAACCCAUUGAAGAUAAGAUAAGAUCUCGAUUAACUUUAUGCGGAUCGAUCUCUAUGGAAAUAAGGGUGCGUCCAUUUUCUUUGAUUUAUUGCUUUUUUGGCUGAAUCUUUCGAAGUAGAGAAUGGAAUGUAUAUGAUUUAGGAAGAAAAGGAAAAGCUUAUUGAUCUCUUCCUUUCUUCUUUGAGUUCUUCUCGAUUGGAGUGGUCAUCAAUGGGAGUGAAUUUCCUCUCCUUUUGGCCUUGCUGUAUCUUUGUGUACUUUUGCUGCAUCCUGGGUUUCCCAGAUGAUUCAAAUAUAUAAUGUUCAAUUUGAUUCCGUGGGGAGGGAAAUAAAUUUCUUCUCCCUACCUCCAUUUUGUUGAAAAAAAUCUCUUGAAGGGUUA